UCGGGCCCCUGAUUUAAGGGCAUCAGGAUUGGAACACUGUAUUUUGGAUUCAUGCUCCAUCAAUCCUACCUGUAAAGAACCAAGAGUUAUAAUUGUGGGUGCCGGCAUGGCAGGUCUAUCGGCUGCGCACCGUCUAACGCAGUGUGGCAUUCGUAAUUUUGUUGUAUUGGAAGCUAAAGAACGGCCAGGUGGACGAAUACAUUCUUGUUGGCUUGGAGACGCGGUGAUUGAAAUGGGAGCUGAAUGGAUUUUUGGGGCUUGUUUGCCAAAUUCUGUAUACACGUUAGCUUCCCAAGAUAGAUUACUGCAAACUCCUUUGCCUCGCCUAGAUUCAUCACGGGGUUUAUUCUGCACAAGCGAAGGACGAGCCAUCGAUCUUCCAGUCACCAUUACGGCUUAUCAUACGUUCAGACAAAUAGAACAACAGGCUGCUAACUUGUUUCGAUUAGGUUGUGAACGUCUGCACGGCUCGUUAUUGAAUUUCAUAGGUUUGCGUAUUCAACAAGAGCUGCACAAUUUUCCCGAGGAUCAAAGAUACGAUGCUGCAAGAGUAAUGUUUGGAUUAACUAAUAUAUUGCGAAAUAAAUGUGGAGAUGACUUGUCGCUCGUGAGUGUAGAUCAAUAUGGUAGCUAUAUUGAGUUACCAGGAGGAAGUGUUCGUGUACCCUUAGGUUACGUAGGCGUGAUUGCGCCAUUGUUGCGGGGACUACCCGAUAACUCCGUACGCUACAACAAGCCUGUAAAUGUAAUCCGUUGGGGUGCCGGACAGACUGGUAUGGGAAGGGUUUUAGUCAAGUGUUGCGAUGGAGAAGAGUUAAAUGCUGACUACGUUAUCGUCACGGUCUCACUGGGGUGUUUGAAGUGCCAAGCUGACAAACUGUUCGCUCCACCCCUCCCUAUGUGCAAAUUAGAAGCCAUUUGUAGCCUCGGAUUUGGCUUAAGCGACAAAAUAUUUUUGGAAUAUGCGGAGCCCUACUGGGUGUGUCAUGAAGGCAAUUUGAAAUUUGCUUGGUCUGCCGAAGAACUGCAGUGUCGAUGUGACUGGACAAGGGGAGUUUGUUCAGUGGACGAGAUGCCAGGAAGUAAACACGUUUUGUGUGCGUUAAUAUCAGGACAAGAAGCUGCUCUGAUGGAAAGCAUACCGGAAAACGACGUUGCCGAAGGUCUGACAUGUUUAUUGCGUAGAUUCACGGGCAAUCCUUGUCUCCCUUACCCACAAAUGUUGCUACGAUCUCGAUGGGCAUCUGAUCCACACUUCUGUGGAUCUUAUUCCUAUAUGGGUUGCUGUUCGACCGUCAGUCACCAGUGCGAGCUCGGAACCCCAGUGCCAGGCCCGUGCGAUGCUCAGCCUCCUAUACUCUUAUUUGCUGGUGAGGCAACUGUCCCUGGACAUUUUGGCACUGUCCACGCUGCAAGACUAAGCGGUGUUCGCGAAGCAGAACGUAUAGUUUUACUGACAAAAAAGUUCGACGGACCUCCGCGUUAAUAUACCUAAUAACACACAAACAAAAUUACUGUUCGU